CAUCACAUGGGCACCCUGCUCACUUCCUCCUCUUCACCAUCCUGGACCUUCACCCGUUUCACUCACAUCUUGAUCUCCCCUUUCACUCGCUUCAUCCAUGGCGUCUGCUUUCCAAUCCUUCUGGCAGUAUCUAGUCACUCAUUUCUCUGAUUUUCAAUUGGCUACCUUGGGCACUUUCAUUAUACACGAGAGUGUCUUUUUCUUAUCUGGACUGCCAUUUACUUUUUUUGAGCGAUCAGGAUUUUUCAGCAAAUACAAAAUUCAGAAGAAAAAUAAUACUCCUGCUGCGCAAGAGAGGUGUAUCUUACGUCUGAUCUUAUAUCAUGUCUGUGUAAACUUGCCAGUCAUGAUUGCUUCCUACCCUGCUUUCAGGUUCAUGGGCAUGAGAAGCAGUCUGCCAUUGCCAUCAUUGAGUGUCAUCAUACCUCAAGUGCUUUUCUACUUCAUUUUAGAGGAUUUUGUUUUCUACUGGGGACAUAGAGUUCUUCACACCAAAUGGCUGUACAAACAUGUUCACAGUGUGCACCACGAAUAUGCCACACCAUUUGGUUUGACUUCUGAGUAUGCCCAUCCUGCUGAAAUUCUAUUCCUUGGCUUUGCAACCAUCCUUGGUCCGGCUCUCACUGGUCCUCAUCUAUUCACUAUGUGGUUAUGGAUGAUUCUAAGAGUCUUGGAGACAGUUGAGGCUCAUUGUGGCUACCAUUUCCCUUGGAGCCUUUCAAAUUUUUUACCUUUGUAUGGAGGUUCUGAUUUUCAUGAUUAUCAUCAUCGUCUGCUUUAUACUAAGUCUGGCAACUACGCAUCAACCUUCGUUUAUAUGGACUGGCUAUUUGGCACUGAUGAAGGUUACAGGAAGCUCAAGGCAAUCGAGAAGGAAGGCAAAGAACCUGAUGAGGUUUACUGACCACUGAACUUAGUUAAUUCCUGUGGGAUCUCACUUGAUUUUCAGGUUGUAAUAGAUGUUAUAAUAAGCCUAGGAGAAACUGUUCUUUGUGCUUUACAUGCUUAUUAUAUGCAAGACUCAAUGGCCAUGCCCAUCUUUUUGUGUCA